AUGACUCAAGGAGUAGCAUGGCUACCCGCCGCCGCCGCAGAGGUUUACGACCUCGCCCUAUCUAUCAAAUACAUGGGCGAUCCAGCCUUCAACACUGGCAAUGCGGAUAUGGCAUUCGCCAAGUGGGAUGACACACUCAUGUUCAUCAAGAACACACUAAAGCACAAUGAGAUGAUGGGUACACGUCUAGAGGUCGAGUUCCUAUGCCAGAUCCAUGCACUCGAAUGCAUGGUUCACAUUGAGCAGGAGCUGUUCUUCUUCUCGGACAUGUCUAUCCGCCUAAUUGGCCGCAAGUACGAGCAUAUACCGAAAGCAGCUGCCUAA